UUGGUUAGCCAACAGGCAACAAACAGACUGCCUAGUAGCUGGGUGCACUGUACUUAGCUAAGUAGCUAGCGGUCUAGUUUGGGAUGCGAUAAAGAAGUGACUAGCUUACGAACACGGCAAUCGUAUUUUUUUCUCUGAAACGUAAACAAGAUAUUUCAACGCUGUCAUGAAUCCAGAUAUUCAAAGAGAACGUGAAAAUGCAACGUUCAACACAGACCUUCUCACGUACAUUUUGGACGGUGGUCAAGAGAAGACCCGCAGGAGGAGAGAAAUAGAAUCACUGGUUAUCAGCGAUGCCGAUUUCCAGCAAGAGGACGCCAACUUCCUGUCUCGGAGCGAGCGGUAUGACGCGGCGGUGAGGAAGAGUGCCCAGAUGAUCCUGAAACUCCGAGAGUAUGGAAUCUCUGACCCGGAGGAGAUCUAUGCUUAUAAGAACUGUGUGCACCGCGGACGCCCCGAACCCCUGGACCUGCACCUAGGGAUGUUUCUGCCCACUCUCCUGAACCAGGCCACGCCUGAGCAGCAGGAGGCCUUCUUCAUGCCCGCCUGGAACCUGGAGAUCAUUGGCACCUACGCCCAGACCGAGAUGGGCCACGGAACCUUCAUCCGAGGUCUGGAGACCACCGCGACCUACGACCCUGCCACACAAGAGUUUGUCAUGAACAGCCCGACCAUCAGCUCCAUCAAAUGGUGGCCAGGUGGAUUGGGUAAGACGUCUAACCAUGCUAUAGUCCUGGCUCAACUCUACACCAAAGGGAUCUGCCACGGCCUCCAUGCCUUCAUCGUCCCCAUCCGCUCCAUGAGCACUCAUGAGCCUCUUCCAGGUAUCGAAGUAGGAGAUAUCGGGCCCAAGUUUGGGUUCGAUGAAGUCGACAACGGUUACCUGAAGAUGGACAACGUGCGCAUUCCUCGUAUGAACAUGCUCAUGAAGUACGCCAAGGUUGAGCGGGACGGGACGUACCAAAAGCCCCCGAGCGCCAAGCUGACGUACGGCACCAUGGUGUUCAUCCGGUCCAUGAUCGUGGGCGAGUCGUCCCGAGCGCUGUCUAAAGCCUGCACCAUCGCCAUCCGCUACAGCUCCGUCCGCCACCAGUCUGAGCUACGGCCUGGCGAGCCUGAGCCUCAGAUCCUGGACUACCAAACGCAACAGUACAAGCUCUUCCCCCUGCUGGCCACUGCCUACGCCUUCAAAUUCGUGGGCCAGUACAUGACAGAGACCUACCACCGCAUCACCGGCGACAUCAACCAGGGAGACUUCAGCGAGCUGCCCGAGCUGCACGCCCUCUCUGCGGGCCUGAAGGCCUUCACCACCUGGGUGGCCAACGGGGGCAUCGAGGUCUGCCGUAUGUCGUGUGGCGGCCACGGCUACUCGCGCUGCAGCAGUCUGCCCGACAUCUACGUCACCUUCACGCCGACCUGCACGUACGAGGGGGAGAACACGGUCAUGAUGCUGCAGACUGCCAGGUACCUGGUGAAGAGCUACAGGCAGGCGAGUACGGGUCAGCAGCUGUCGGGCAUCGUGUCCUACCUGAACGAGGCCCACCAGCGGCUGCAGGCCCAGCCCGUGUCCUCCCGCCCCACCGUGGUCAACAUCAGCGACCUGGCCAGCCUGGUGGAGGCCUACAAACUACGCGCCGCCAAGCUGGUGGAAGUGGCAGCCAAGAGCCUGCAGGGGGAGCUGCAGAAGAGCAGAAGCCCAGAGGACGCCUGGAACAACUCCUCCAUUGACCUCGUCCGGGCGUCUGAUGCCCAUUGCCACUAUGUGGUGGUGAAGCUGUUCGCUGCCAAGCUGGGCGAGAUCAGCGACACGGGGGUCCACUCGGCCCUCAGCACCCUGGCCCUGCUCUACGCCCUGCACGGGGUGGCCCAGAACUCAGGGGAUUUCCUGCAGGCUGGUUUGCUGACCGUGCCUCAGCUGUCCAGCGUGUCCCAGCGUCUGAAGGACAUCCUGGCCCAGGUGCGGACCAACGCCGUGGCGCUGGUGGAUGCCUUCGACUACCGCGACGAGAUGCUGAACUCCGUGCUCGGCCGCUACGACGGCAACAUCUACGAGCACAUGUUUGAGUGGGCCCGCAAGUCUCCCCUCAACCGCACAGAGGUCCACGAGUCAUACCACAAGUACCUGAAGCCUCUGCAGUCCAAACUCUAAGCCACGGCUGUGAGGAGGACCUCCCUUGGCCAUGCACUAACACAAUGGGCACUAACCCCAAGAUGGAGGUGGAACAUUGCACCCUAAAGAGGGGAGUCUGCACUCAGCAAUCAAAGAGGCGCAUAGCCUCCUCCGUGUCAUUUCAAAGGUCUGGUCAUCCACGCCCAGUGGGUUAAGACCCAUAGCUAGCCGUGCUGCUAGGGAUAGUACUUAACUGGCCGCAACUUAAAUACAUUUAUUCUGAUCGUCAUAGGUACUUACAACAGUAUUUCUUUCCUUUUUAGAAAAAAAAAUAAUGAAAGUUUAAAAUAACAUGCCUUCGUCAUAUGAUUUUUAAUAUGGUGGGCAGUAUCAUUCUCAUUAAUAAUUUAUUCACCAUACCAUAAUGGGAAGGUCGCAAAUCUUUUGACAAAAGCAUAUAAGCGUAAGAUUUUGCCUUGAUAAAGCAGUUUGCCGAGAUGAUUGUUCUUCUCCUGAAAGAUAGAUUUCAUGACAAAAUACACACCUGGUUAAUAAAGUAGUUGAAUGUUGUAUGAUAGAAGACAGUGGGAGAUAUUAGGCGUGUGGUAGAGAAUGUAAAAAUGUGUUUUACUAACUACUUUGAACCAAUGCCUUUUUCAUUGUUAUUUUGCAUACAUUUCAACUGCUAAAGUAAGCAUGCUUCAAGGCUAUGAACUGUAAGCAAUGGUCAGUGGGUUCUGAAAUCAGGUUAAUGUCUGUUGACUUACCGUACAGAAUGUAGAGAAGACAGAGCUGAUUUCAAAGAAUAUCAGAUGCUGAAUGGAAUCAAGCUCAAGAAAAAAAUGCUCUCAAAGGAAGAGAAUAAUCACGUUUUUUUCUGAAAUUGAAAAUGUUUCUGAUUUUAAGGGCAGUUUAGUGUUGUUUCUUGACUCUUUCAUGGAGGUUAAGGAAUAGACAUUGAUCACCAGUAAAGUAUAACUAAAGAUGAAUGUGAAUCUUUAGCUUCCACUGAUAGACACUUUACUUUUAAAUUGUUUCUGUUUAAUCCUUGAAGAAAAUCUGUAAUAUCUGAAAGAUGUAAAUAAAUGUAUAGCUUUCUAACAAUC